UUAUUACAGUUGAAACUUGAAACUCUGAGUCUGACUUCUACUGUCUCUCCGAGGAACAUGAUCUAUGCCAAACCAUGAUUCCCCAACCACUGUCUCAGAUUUCAACCACCCACUUCAGUGAAAAGGCAUCCUACAAUUGAUUCCAAAAUCCAAAAUCAAUGAAAUCAGCUUCUGUGAGCAACUUCAACUGAUUCUCAGAAAAGAAGCUGAUCCAAACCUGUUGUUGUUAGAUCAAAUUCAAAUCAAAUGCAUACUACUUCCAAGUGCUGAUUCUGAAAUCAACAGUGAGUGAUGGCCAUAGCUAGGCAAGCAAAACGCCCAUGUGGGUUGUGGGUAAAGAUGACAGCUGUGACCAUAUUGGGUCUCUGCUUCAUCUUCGUCUGGACUGUGUUCUCUUCUUCUUCCACCAACGUCUCCAUCCAUAGGGAAAGCUUUGAGGACAUUGCUGAACCCGUUUCCGCUUCUUCCAGGAAUCAAGCUCAAAAACCCAAACCAGAAAUCCAUGAAUCCUCAUCACACAGUGUAAAAGAUGAGAAAAGGGUUGAUGGGUCUUCUUCCUCCACGCAUCCUCCUCCUCAUCAUGAAUCCAAGGCAAAGGAAAAGAAGAAAGGGGUGGCGCAUGAGAAGAAAAGGUUGCAUAAGGAAGAUGAAGAGAAGCAGAAUCAAGGGUCAUCAAGUGAUGAGCAUGAUCCCCAACCCCAACAUCAGGAAGAGGAGGGUGAAGAAGAGGUGGAGUUGGAGGGUAAAGAAGAAGGUUUAGAUCGUGAGAGUGAAGUGGGUGUGGAUGGGGACACUGGUGGUGAUGCUAGCAGCGAUUUGGUUGAAUCUGUGGAUCAGGAUUCUGAAGAGUUGGAAGAUGGAAAUGUGGAGGAGUUGAAAAAAGCAAGUAAGGGAAAGGUGAAGGGACCUUUGUUUGAUCCAAAUGCUAGCUACAAAUGGAAAUUGUGCAGCACCAGAAGCAAGCAUAACUACAUUCCCUGCAUUGAUAUUGAAGCUGGUGGUGGAAAGGGGCAGGGUUACCGUCAUAGAGAGAGGAGUUGCCCGAGGACACCCUUCAUGUGUUUGGUUCCUCUUCCACAUGCAGGGUAUGGGUCUCCACUGCCAUGGCCUGAGAGCAAAUUGAAGAUUUUGUAUAAGAAUGUUGCGCACCCGAAACUGGCUGCGUAUAUCAAAAGGCAUAGUUGGUUGAUGGAAUCUGGAGAAUUUCUUACUUUUCCCCAAAACCAGACUGAGUUCAAGGGAGGGGUUCGUCACUAUCUUGAGUCCAUUGAAGAGAUGGUACCGGACAUUGAGUGGGGUAAAAAUAUUCGUCUUGUCCUGGAUAUUGGAUGUACAGAUUCAAGCUUUGUGGCUACUCUCCUUGAUAAGGAGGUUUUAACAUUGUCACUAGGCUUGAAGGAUGACCUAGUGGACUUAGCUCAGGUGGCACUUGAGCGUGGCUUCCCAUCAGUGGUUAGCCCCUUUGGCAGAAGGAGGCUUCCUUUUCCAAGUUAUGUUUUUGAUGCUGUACAUUGUGGGGGUUGCAGCAUACCUUGGCAUUCCAAUGGGGGUAAGCUUCUAUUAGAAAUGAAUCGUAUUCUACGACCUGGUGGAUACUUUAUUAUGUCAACUAAACAUGACAGCUUCGAACAAGAAGAAGCCAUGACCAUGUUGACAGCAUCUAUUUGUUGGAACAUUCUGGCACAUAAAAGUGAUGAUGUCGGUGAAGUUGGAGUUAAAAUAUAUCAAAAGCCUGAAGGAAAUGACAUCUAUGAAUUGAGGAGGAAGAAGAUUCCACCACUUUGCAAAGAAAAUGAAAAUCCCGAUGCGGUCUGGUAUGUUCCAAUGAAGACUUGUUUGCACAUCAUUCCAAUUGGAAUCGAACAACAUGGAGCAGAGUGGCCUGAGGAAUGGCCCAAGAGGCUUGAAUCUUAUCCUGAUUGGGCAAACAAUAAAGAGAAAUUGGUGGCGGACACCCACCACUGGAAUGCUAUUGUUAACAAGUCAUAUCUCAAUGGAAUGGGCAUUAACUGGACAAGCAUCAGAAAUGUAAUGGACAUGAAAGCCAUCUAUGGAGGAUUGGCUGCUGCUCUCUCUCAACAACAGAAGGUCUGGGUGAUGAAUGUAGUCCCUGUUCACGCGCCGGAUACACUUCCCAUUAUUUUUGAACGUGGGCUUGUUGGUGUCUCUCAUGAUUGGUGCGAGUCAUUUGGAACUUACCCAAGAUCGUAUGACCUUCUGCAUGUUGAUCAUUUGUUUUCACGGCUCAAAAACAGGUGCAAGCAACCUGUAUCCAUUGUUGUUGAGAUGGACCGGAUAUUAAGACCUGGGGGUUGGACAAUCAUACGUGACAAGGUUGAAAUUCUGAAUGCAUUGGAGGAAAUACUGAGAAGCAUGCAAUGGGAGAUCAGAAUGUCAUUCAACCAGGAUAAGGAAGGGAUUCUUUGUGCGCAGAAGACUCUGUGGAGGCCUUGAAUCUCUAUUGUAUGCUGUUUUCUUGUACCAUAUCGACCACGAGUGCCACUGUGACUUGAAUUAUCAUGAUCUUUCCUUCAACUGAAAUGAUAUGAAGGAGUUUUCUGGGUAUCCUUCAUCUAACACAUCAACCAAUCAUCAAUUCCGAUCAAUAUAAUAUGUAAAGGAAAGUUGAGUUUGUAAAAAUUUAUUUGAUUUAUAUUGAUUGUUCAAAUUUGUUUGAUUAUAGAAUUUAUGGAACGUUAUUUCUUUUUAAGUAAACAA